AUGCUGACAUUAUCUCCGGGCGGUUUCCCGCCGCUAAGCGGACCCGGCGACACCUUCAACCUUCACAACUUCACCAUCACCAGCUUCGGCAUCAUCCAUAACGCCAACAGCCUCGCAGGCUCGCACAGAGUGCUUGCUUGUGGAACUAUGAACUCACAGGCCAAUUCACCCUCGCUCCGACGGGCCAAAAAAGCUUGCACCGAGUGUCGCCAACAAAAGGCAAAAUGCGAUGCGUACAUGAAUGCAGACCUUCCAUGCUCCCGUUGCACGAAGAUGAAAACCCGUUGCAUCAUCUCGGACCCUUUCCGCAGAGAACACAAGCGUCUACGCCUGUCCAAGCUCGAGCAAGAGACUGAUGAGUUACGCCGGAAACUGAGUGGCUCGCAUUCCGAAUCGCUGCAACAGUCUCCCAUUGCCAUGUUGACGGCAGCGGCGGAGAUGGAAGUAGUCCAUCCCACACCAACCGCAGCGGACUCGAAUCUUCCUCCUCACCCACAGACUACUUCGAUCGUCUAUUCACAGCAGCUCACACCCCACUUAAGCCCGAGUUUAUCUUAUUCCAGAAUCACCGCGGUUCCAGAUCGCCUUCCGACACCAACAGAGUCGCGAACAUUGAAAAAUGUCCAUUUGACAGGGUCUGAGAUCGAUGAACUGUUCCAACUAUUCUUCCGACAAUAUGCCUGCUUUUUGCCCAUCCUCGAUCCGCAAACCCCGCCGGAUGCCUACUACACCCAGUCAAGUUUCCUGUUUUGGGCCAUUAUCGGUGUCGCGUCACGAUCUUACACGGACAAUCCCACACUACUAAUGGCCAUCUCCCCGAGCAUUGUCGAGAUGGCAUUGCUUUCCGUCACAUCCAGCGCUCCGGCUUGGCACAUCAUUCAGGGGUUGUUGCUGGUCCUCACCUGGCCCUUUCCGAAGGAAAUCAACAAGACCGAUGCAAUGUUCCCUCUGAGCGGCAUGCUUCUCCACAUCGCCAUGCAGAAUGGCUUGCAUAUUCCACUAUACAGUCAUGAGUUUGCCAAGAGAAACAUUCCUGCACCAUCAGAAGCGGACAUGGCUCGACGCUCCGAGCUAUGGGCUCGUUGUGUCGUUGUAUACCAACGCGCCUGUGUCACUAAGGGACAAUGCCCUCGGUCUAUGGUAGAUCUGCAACAGGACCUAGGCCAGCAGCAAGUUGUAUCCCAGAAGAUCGCCCCUUCCCUAGCACUGGAACUCAAAUGCCUAGGAUUGAUUGCUCGAUGUAGCGCAGCCGUGCUGGAAUUCGGAAUUCGAACCAUGUCGGCUGAGCAGGAAAGAUCGUUUGAUAUCCUCUUGCGCACCUUCGAGAGCCAGGCAACUGAGCUCGAAGCCCACGUGAACUCAGCGAAUGAUCGUCUUCACACAACCACGUGCCGCUUGUGUGUUCAAAUGUUCCAUCUGUUCAAGAACCAGACUAUUCAUGAAUCCGACUGUCUCGCACGAGUCGUAACGACGGCUUGUAGGACGAUUGAUUGCAUCCAGGAAAUCGGGAGGGCCAUGGAGAAUCUUGCCAGUGCUCCGAUGCAGAUCACCUACGGACUCCUUCUCCCCGCAUCGGCUCUUCUUCGAAUCCUCAAAUGCUCCACUCAUCCCGAUGUUGACAUUGAACGAGGUAAAAAGGCACUGUUCAGCGCGAUUAACAUGGCUAGACGCAUGUCAGUUGAUGUUUACGAUACCGCCUCCAAGAUCGCGAUCGUGAUGAAUCAGCUAUGGAACAGCUCCAGGGCGUUUCGGAAAGCAGAUGGAACCGAAUUCAUUGCCCUCAAGAUUCGCAGCCGAUUGGUUCUCAGCCCCGUUAUCGAUACGAUCUGGUGGUGGCGCGACGAAUUCGAGCCACAGUUCUAUCAUUCUAGUGCCGCCCAUGGAACAGUGGCGGAAGGAGUCGACUCAGAUUUCCACCAGUCAAGCGGACCACCCAACGCGCCCAGUGGUUUGGUAGACCGGCAAGAUCCCGUCUUGUUCGACGAACAAUUCCUUGCGGAUUUCGAAUGGGCACUAAGCAACGACGGUCUGCUGCAAGCGACCGAGCCGUAUGGCUCGGUCUGGCCUGCUGCAGGGACGAUAGCCUAG